AUUUUUUUCGGGUUUAGUACCUACAACUUAAAGAUCUAAGCCAACCCCACUCGGUUACAACUUUGAGACAAAUACUGGCGAAACAUUAUUCGUUCCUCUGUCAAAAUAAUAUCACUUUAUAUCAGCUAAAAAUUCAACAGAAGAUCUCAGAUUGACUGAGUGAGUUGGAAUUGUAUACUGGUGUGAUACCUCUUAUAAAAUAGUCGAUCUUUUCCGUGACGCACAGUUUCCGCGAAACUCAAUCUGAAAAGCUAAUGUGAACACGAAAAUGAGCAAAAAAGACAACGGAGCGUCUAUCAUCCUCGCCUAUCUAAAUGAAAAGAACCGUCCCUACAGUGCUCAGGAUGUCUUCUGUAAUUUGCAGAAGCAGCAUGGGUUGGGCAAAACUGCAGUGGUCAAAGCCAUGGAACUGCUGGCUCAAGAAGGCAAGAUAAAGGAGAAAAUGUAUGGCAAGCAAAAGAUUUACUUUGCCGAUCAGUCUCAGUUCAGAGAUGUGAGUGAUGCAGAUCUGAAGGCCAUGGAUAAACAGAUUUCAGAGCUCAGUGCAGAGGUGCAGACCCUAACACAGAGCUGCAGGCAGCUAGAUACAGAAUUGAAAGAGCUGAACAGCUCCCUCACAACAGAGGAAAUGAUGGCAGAAAUCCAGGAGCUGAAAGCCGAAUGUUCUGGUUACAGAGAACGUCUGGAGAAGAUAAAGUCAGCUACAAAUCACGUAACACCAGAAGAAAAAGAGAAGGUCUAUAAAGAGCGUGAUGUUUAUGUAAAAGAGUGGAAAAAGAGGAAGAGAUUGGCUUCAGACAUGAUGAAUGCCAUCCUGGAGGGAUAUCCAAAGAGCAAAAAGGAGUUCCUGGAAGAGGUGGGAGUGGAGACAGAUGAGGACUGUAAGGUGGCGCUUCCCACCACCUGAAGAAAACAGCUAUACAGCUACUGAAUCAGAUCAAGCCUGGGUAGACUGAAGCGAAGAAAACUGAUCACAGCGAUCUAAUCCCAAGAGGAAACUUUAUUUAUAACACGUUCUUUGAAUAAAUACGAGUUUAACAUAUUCUGAAAUGGAAAACAUAGCUGAAAGCAUUUAUGUACAUCAGUAUUAGCUAAACAAAUCACAAAUGUUGAGGCGUUAUAGAGGGAUGCUCAUCACCUCAGAGGCAACAGCGGUUUGUUUUCCAAUUUUAUAACCACAAAAACAUACCUGAGUUCACAAGAGUUCUACAUAUUCAGGUUGAGUUGUGAACAGUUUACCAACUGAAAUAUUUUUAUUUUUGUUUAAGAUAGUGAUAUAUCAAACUAAUGCUUGACCACAUUUUUAAGAGUACAAGUAUAUAUGUUUAUUGUAAUUAAAGUGUUUCAUGUUGA